AUGGAGAAAGUCUAUAUCUGUGCAUUGAUCACUUCCAUUCUUUGCCAUCAGACGAAUCUCUUCUACAAUCCCAUCGAGGCCACCAAGGAGUCGACUGUGUUUAUAUAUCUCAUCUUGAUGGCUUUCUUGAAAAUCCAUUGCCAAAGUUGGGAUUACGAUCGACAUUGCGGCGAUGUUCGGGAGAAGAUUAUGCAGUUCCUGACCCUCUGCGUAACGGUCCAAGUCCUGUUGCUCAUUGCGUGGUUUCCCCUCAGCAUAAUUGUUCAUCACUUCGUUAAUAUGGCAUGGCAUCAUGGGCCCGGGGAACGAGACUGGCUGGUCAAGCUAAUUCAGGAUAAUUCGGCGUCCUUUAUCCUACUUGCUUUGGAGUUCUGUGCUCUCUUCAUGGGCUUCGAGAUGAUUGAUAUCCUGCGAUUUUUUUUAUCAAGGGACGACCUACUCUCAGAGAGUGCCUUGUCGAUCGUGAUAGAACAGCGCGAGAGGGUUUUAAGUUGGAAGAAGCAAAAUCAGCGCAAGAGACGUAGGAGAUCCAAGGACAAGGAUAACCACAUACUUAAAAAAAUUGAGUCACGUUAG